AUGCUCGCCAACCGCACCACCCUCUACCGCACCCUCCUCCGCGAGCUCAGGCUCUCCAUAGAGCCUCCUCGCCGCGUCAACAGGUCCAUUGUAUCCCACUUCCGGUCCAUUGCCGAGCAAUUAGGCAGCCACGACACCCCCCGUGCCCGUCAAGACUUUGAGAACGCAAUCCUCUUCCUCAAGUCGCAGCGAGAGCACAAGGUGCGGGAGGAAUACCCAGGCAUGUCGCACAUACUCAUCUCUACCCAAAAGCGCCUUCUGGAACGAUACAAUCCCCUCUUCGACCUCACUGCCCAAGAGAGAAUCGAGGCGACGGCCCGCCGAGUUGGCCUGAAUAUGCCCAAGACACCAGAGGCGUAG